GCGAGAGACAACAAGAGAUUAACUCAAAGUACAGAUGUCUGUUUGAGUUCUACUGACUGGAGCCAGCUUUGGAUGGAAACAUGGAAAAAAUAUUUGAAACAAAUAUCAUUCUUUGAAAAUUGCCAGGGACAUGUGCUGUGAGUAGCUGCAGAAGAAACAUCGAUUGUGCAGAUUACUAUCAGCCAAUUGACAAAGCGCAUACAGGAUGGUCUUCCCUCCAGUGCCAGUCCCGGCCAUCGUGUUUAUGGCGGUUAUCGGCGGCUGUUGUCUUCUUUUACUUGUAUUGUAUCAGUGCUUGAAGGCUGGAAUGUUUUUUAAGACCGAACCACCGGAUGAUAGACCAGACGAGAAGGGAUACGCCGAGCUUGGCGAAGCUUACGGCACUGAAACAGACGAUGAUUAUGUUGGGCCAUCCUCGAAAGCAACAAGCCGUCGAAGUAGCUUUAACACGAGCGGCAGCAAGUCGGAUGGCGAGUUAGCUCUUGGCGAUAGUGCUUCAGUUUAUGGUUACGGUAAAUAUUCGGACGGUGAAUAUAGCCCAGCCAUCGGUAGACACGCUGUAUCGGCUUAUGGUGAAGCAAUCGAUGUCGGUCAAGAGGAAUUUCUUUCAACUGCGGGGAGAUUGCAAGUGUCUGCAAGUUAUGCCCCCACAGCGGAAAAGUUAGCGGUAACUGUUAUUCGUGCCGAGGACGUCCCUACGAAACAGCGCGGUGGCGCGGGCAGUGUUCAAGUCCGCGUGGUAUUGCUACCUUCAAAGAAGCAGCGAUUUAAAACAAAAGCAAAACCAGCCGCAAAUCCGAACUUCCACGAGACAUUUACAUUCAGUCGAGUUCCUCAGAGCGAUUUACACGAAAGUGGCCUCAGGUUUAGGUUGUAUGGUCACGAAAAAAUCUCCAGGGAUAAAUUAUUAGGCGAAAUGACUAUCAAUCUUACUGAAUUCGAUUUAGAAGGCGAUGGAGAAGCACUCUGGCGAACGCUCACACCAAGAAAUGCCCUGAGCAGCUCUGACUCCAUGUACGAUUUGUCAGAAAGUGGUAGUGUGAUGAGUUUCGGAUCUCAUGGUUCAGUGUCUUCUCUGGCAAUGACUCAUAGUGGGGCCCCAGAAUUGCUUGUCUCACUCUGUUAUCAAUCUCUCACUGGCCGCCUAACUGUGGAAGUGCUAAAGGCCAGCAACCUCCGUAAUGUAUCAAUGCAACGUGCACCAGAUACUUAUGUUAAAGUGGCAAUGUUCAACUCCAUUGGACAGCAACUCUCCAAAAGUAAAACGUCAAUACGUCGCAGCAUGUGUGACCCGGAAUACAACGAGAACUUUGUAUUCCAGAUAAUAGAAUUUGAACUGCCUAGUGUAAGCCUCAUGUUCUCUGUGGUCAACAUCAAGAAAAUGAGGAGAAAGGAGAUUAUAGGAUGGUUCUCAAUGGGCAGGGAUAACACUGGCGAAGAUGAAGAAGCUCAUUGGAAAGAAAUGAUUGAAGCUAAGGGUCAACCACGGAAGAGAUGGCACAUUCUAAGUGCUGUGGACUACUAAAAACUGCAACAAAUACAUUUGAAUUCUAAAAGAAUCAGAUUUAUUAAAUAAGCAACUUUACAAAUGUAGCAUUAUUAACUAGCUAGGUUUAUUUAUUUGUCAAAUAUUUAUUUCCCAGUUUCAAGAGUAUAUUUUUACACAGGAGUGUUUUUUUUUAAAUUUUUUUUUUCAUUUGCAUUGCCUUGCUACAUUGUACAAAGUUUCAAUAUUUUGUAUUGGACUACUUGGAGUCCAUUUGCAGUAAAAAUUUUAGGUAAAUAAUUAUAAUUUAUGUGAUAGGACACUGACAAAGGAAAACAAACUAAAUGGGGUAUUUUGGAUGUGGGAUCAAAAGUAACACAGAAUCAGUUAAUGAUUAAACAAAUGAUUAAAUAUGUACCCGAAAAGAUGUACUUGGUCACUUAAGAUUGUGUUAAGACUAUCUAGUGGGAAAUCAAUAGGAAUUACUGCUAAGCUCAAAAGUUAUGAACAUCUAAAAUAUGUCUGGAAUGCUUUUGGUGUUUUGAACCAAUCACAUGAGAGAUCAGGACAAGAUGAGAAACCACAAAACCACAAAAUAAUCAGCAUUACUGCAUACAGUUCAGAUAUCUCAUGCUGAUUGACUUACUCUAGUUUCACAAUAAAUUAUGAACUAGAGUGUGUGUAUUAUGAAUACUUGUCCCACCUUCCACUACGCCUUCUCUUGACAUUAGGAUUCCAAGAUUAUUCCCUCAAGAAUGCUAGCCUCCUUAAUCUUACUGCCUCUGAAAAUUGUUCUUACUAGAGAGCUCUGUUAAACCUUGGGGAAUCUGUACUUAGUUUAAGUAUAAUGUCAAUAAGCCAAUAAAGAUUUGAGCCCUUAGA